AUGGCGUCCCCGGCGCUGGCGGCCGCGCUCACGGCGGCGGUGGCGGCGGCGCCGGGCCCCAACGCGAGCGGCGGCGCGGGUGAGGGCGGCGGCGGCGCCAACGCCUCGGGGGCCGCCCGGGGACCCCCGCCGGGCCAGUACUCGGCGGGCGCCGUGGCGGGGCUGGCGGCCGUGGUGGGGUUCCUGAUCGUCUUCACCGUGGUGGGCAACGUGCUGGUGGUGAUCGCCGUGCUGACCAGCCGCGCGCUGCGCGCCCCGCAGAACCUGUUCCUCGUGUCGCUGGCCUCGGCCGACAUCCUGGUGGCCACGCUGGUCAUGCCCUUCUCGCUGGCCAACGAGCUGAUGGCCUACUGGUACUUCGGGCCGGUGUGGUGCGGCGUGUACCUGGCGCUGGACGUGCUGUUCUGCACCUCGUCCAUCGUGCACCUGUGCGCCAUCAGCCUGGACCGCUACUGGUCGGUGACGCAGGCCGUCGAGUACAACCUGAAGCGCACGCCGCGCCGCGUCAAGGCCACCAUCGUGGCCGUGUGGCUCAUCUCGGCCGUCAUCUCCUUCCCGCCGCUCGUCUCCUUCUUCCGCCAGCCCGCGGGCGCGGCCUACCCGCAGUGCGGCCUCAACGACGAGACCUGGUACAUCCUGUCGUCCUGCAUCGGCUCCUUCUUCGCGCCCUGCCUCAUCAUGGGCCUGGUCUACGCGCGCAUCUACCGCGUGGCCAAGCUGCGCACGCGCGCGCUGGGCGACAAGCGCGGCCCCGCGGGCCCCGACGGCGCGGCCGCCACCACGGACAACGGGCCGGACCUGGCGGCGGGGGCGGCGGCCGGGGCGGCGGCCGGCGAGAACGGGCACUGCGCCGCCGCCGCCGCCGCCGCCGCCGUGGAGCCGGACGAGAGCAGCGCGGCCGAGCGGCGCCGGCGCCGGGGCGCCCUGCGGCGGGGCGGGCGGCGGCGGCGCGCGGGCGGCGGCGGGGACGCGCCGGCGGCGGGGCCCGCGGGGGCGGCGGCGGCGGAGGCCCCGGGCCCCGGGCGCCCGUCCCGGGCCAGCGCGCGCUCCGUCGAGUUCUUCCUGUCGCGCCGGCGCCGCGCGCGCAGCAGCGUGUGCCGCCGCAGGGUGGCCCAGGCGCGCGAGAAGCGCUUCACGCUGGUGCUGGCCGUGGUCAUGGGCGUGUUCGUGCUCUGCUGGUUCCCCUUCUUCUUCAGCUACAGCCUCUACGGCAUCUGCCGCGAGGCCUGCCAGCUGCCCGACCCGCUCUUCAAGUUCUUCUUCUGGAUCGGCUACUGCAACAGCUCGCUCAACCCGGUCAUCUACACCGUCUUCAACCAGGACUUCCGCCGCUCCUUCAAGCACAUCCUCUUCCGACGGCGCACGAGGGGCUUCAGGCAGUGACCACCACCACGGGGCACCA